AUCGAGCCCACAACCUCUAAGCACCAUUCUGGGCCAACUGACCGACACGAGACAUCCUCUAGUCCAGGCCUGGGUAAAUCCAAUGAUUCCUUGUGUGUGGUGUGGAGAGAACGCUCGGCGGGGUGUGUUGAGCAUGUGAAGCUGCGCUGCCCGCAGUCUGUCAGAAGGGGUGGGGGUCUGCUGUUUUUGCGCAUUCGAACCAACACGGCCGCGAGGAUCUAUUUGCAGAGCGAGCUGCGGUGUCCUCUCGGUUUUUCAGAGCUCGCGUUUGCUUCGCUCUCGAAAUCCGUUAGGUCUGACCAGUUAGUAAUUAGACUACGACGAAACACGUCGAUUCGUCGCGUUAAGGACAUUUAUAACCAUCCUACGGGAUCGCUCGCCGAGACGCGGAACGGAAAUAUCCCUUCAUUGGAGGUCAACGAGUCCAACACUGAAAACCCUCUUCUCUUGGACUCUAGAAAAUUGGAGAUUUGCCAGUGAAAUGUAACCAACAUGUUAACAGAUAUUAGCAGCGGUAGACUUUCUGUUGGUUGUGUGCGAUUGUUGUCGAGCUGCAGUCACUGGCUUAGUCUGCAUCAGUUAUAUUAGGGGAACAAUAGGUAACAUUUUAUGCUCGAGUAGGCUGAAUAGAUCUUGGUGCAACCGCUAGGCUUUAGUGGACAAGUUCACACAUUUGUGAGGGAGAUCUUGUUACAUCAUUCAUACCAGGCUGGGAGCGGAUGUUUUUUUCUUUCUCGGCCUUGCAAUGCGAUAAGGAAUGCUGUACCGGAGAACCGGAAUAAUCCUAUAUAGGCAAACCACCGCGUCUGCAAUCACCGAAUAGCCAACCGGAGACGACUGUAGACAACAACAAUGUUGGCAAUCUGGGAUUUUUAUUUUACAGCACUGUAAACCAGUCAGCGAGGAGGGUCAUAAUUACUGAACGAUGAUUUGACCGUGGCGUCGGUCAGUGGUCGCAGAAAUUAAACAGCCAAUGAAGGAUUAUAAUCAAAUCCAUAUCUGAAUCGAUGACGGCAUCACAUCCACGAUAACAACCCACACGGGGGAGUGCACGCAAGCGCGCUGCCCAAUUCCAGUUGCAGAACCCCACGAAUAUUGCCUACGCUUGGUCGUUGUUUCCAGUGUCGUUGACCUGAGGGGACGCUUCAUAUUUCGGGCCUGACGGAUUGGUCGUGACACCCUCGUCUCGGUGCGAAGAGAAUGGCGGCCGUAGUUAACUACUCACCCCCUUGGUGGGUCAACCUACUCCACCGCCUCCCCCACUUCAACUUGCAAUUUGAGACUGUGAGCAGCGACUUCAGACCCGAGGACUCCGAUUAUCAGAAGUCGGUGUUGCUGCUAGGUGGAGUGGCGUUGCUGUGUUUGGCUCUGGACCUCGUCUUUCUCCUCUUCUACUCCUUCUGGCUGUGCUGCCGACGACGCAAGGCCCCCGGCGACGCCCGCCCCCACUCACACACCCACACGCACCAGCCUCCUGACCCCGACUGCUGCUGCACCGCCUGGUGUGUCAUCAUCGCCGCGCUCGUUUGCAGUGCUGGCAUCGCUGUGGGUUUCUAUGGAAACGGGGAGUCGUGUGAUGGAGCGAACCGUCUGGCGUAUUCCUUACGACACGCCAACCGCACCGUGGCGGGCAUGGAGAAGCUGGUAGCAGACAGUGCCCUGUCUCUGAACCAGACGGUGGAGGAAGGCCUGGUUCUGCUGGAGAUGGCGUACUCUCAGCAGAUGGAUUACGUGUCCAUUGUCCAGAAGCUACAGGGUCAGCUGGAUGAGCUGGUCCGACUCAUGGUAGACAUCCCCUUCUGGAGUAACUCCGAUGUCUCCCUGGAGGAUCUGGCGCUCAAGACGGAGGCCUUUGACUGGUACAGAUGGUUGGCGUACCUGACUCUGCUCCUGUUUGAUGUUCUGAUCUGUCUACUCGUGCUGUUCGGACUGAUACGCAACUCUAAAGGCACUCUGAUUGGCGUUUGUCUCUUGGGUGUUGUGACUCUCGUCAUCAGCUGGGGGUCCCUGGGCUUGGAGCUGGCCGCCGCCGCCACGGCCAGUGACUUCUGUGUUUCCCCGGAUACCUAUAUAACCAGGGUAACCAAGGAGAACGCUGUAAUCAACCAAGACAUCCUGCAAUAUUACCUGAGGUGCAGCAGCGGCCAAUCAAAUCCCUUCCAGCAGAAACUGUCUGGCAGUCACAAAGCCUUGGUCGAGAUGCAGGACGACGUGGCAGAACUUCUACGCUCAGCCAUACAGGCGUACCCCAACACCAAGGGAAAUCUGGAGCAGAUGCAGACAGUGUUGAACUCUACAGAGGUUGGCCUUCAUCAGCUCACCGCUCUGGUUGACUGUCGCAGCCUCCACAUGGACUAUGUCCAGGCCCUGACUGGCCUGUGCUAUGACGGAGUGGAGGGCCUGAUCUACCUAAUUCUCUUCUCCUUCGUCACGGCUCUCAUGUUCUCCUCCAUCGUCUGCAGUGUUCCACACACCUGGCAGAGCAAGAGGACGGAUGAUGAGGAUGGUGAAGACGAAUCGGGCGCCCACGGCUCCCGGGGGGCGGGGCCUCACGAUAACCUGUACCGCGUGCACAUGCCCAGUCUCUACAGUUGUGGCAGCAGCUACGGCAGUGAAGCUAGCAUCCCCGCCACGGCUCACACUGUCAGCAAUGCCCCCGUCACUGAGUACAUGAGCCAGAACGCAAACUUUCAGACCCCCAGGUGUGAGAAUACGCCUCUGAUUGGCAGGGAGUCCCCUCCACCCUCUUACACCUCGAGUAUGAGGGCCAAGUAUCUGGCUACAAGUCGACCAGAACAGAACCGAAGGUCAGUCCCAAAUGACCAGCUGGACCCAGCCAGUCGACCACACCCCCUCACCAGACCACAGUCCUCUGUCCAUUAGAACCUACCGGAACCUUCUACAGUAUACGAGAACAUUUUAGAAUUGUUCAGAACCUUCGUGAAUAUAGCGGAACCUUCUAGAACAUACCAGAACCUUCUAGAACAUACCAGAAUUUACCGUAUUCUACUGUAACUCAACAAAAGAUCAGGAACUGACCGGAAUAAUUUCUACAUUUCACUAAAGAACCAUAACCAACUGGAACCACCAAAUCAUUAGAGCCUGUUGGUACAAAAGUCAAUUUCCAGAGCCAGAGCAACCAAUGGGUCAUAACAAAUUGUUCACUCCUAUAGGAACCACUAAAAAAAUCCUUCCCUGGUCAGAACAGAACACAGUGGGUUAAAAACCAGAACCAACCAUUCCUUUUUGCCACCAUCAACUUACCAUUUACCACUACCCACUGUCUAGAACAGAACCUCAACUCUCCACCACCAACAUGCUAGAACCAAAUCUCAACUCUCCACAACCAAGGCUCUAGAACCGAAUCUCAACUCUCCACAACCAAGGCUCUAGAACCGAAUCUCAACUCUCCACCACCAAGGCUCUAGAACCGAAUCUCAACUCUCCACCACCAAGGCUCUAGAACCGAAUCUCAACCCUCCACCACCAAGGCUCUAGAACCGAAUCUCAACCCUCCACCACCAAGGCUCUAGAACCGAAUCUCAACCCUCCACCACCAAGGCUCUAGAACCGAAUCUCAACUCUCCACCACCAAGGCUCUAGAACCGAAUCUCAACUCUCCACAACCAAGGCUCUAGAACCGAAUCUCAACUCUCCACAACCAAGGCUCUAGAACCGAAUCUCAACUCUCCACCACCAAGGCUCUAGAACCGAAUCUCAACCCUCCACCACCAAGGCUCUAGAACCGAAUCUCAACCCUCCACCACCAAGGCUCUAGAACCGAAACUCAACUCAUCAGCCAACAGGUACCAGGUAGACUGCAGAAAGCAUCACCAAGAUCACCUCAUCUCCAACUUCUAUACACACACACAUGCACGCGCGCACACACACACACACACACACACACACACACACACACACACACACACACACACACACACACUCUCCUCCUGUACAGAACUGUAAAUAGGGAAAUAGUGUGUGUUUCAUUACUGAGGAAAGUCCUCACCUGAAACCAUGGGAGUAUUUACAAGUAUUUACUGUUGCAGAGGAAUUAUGUAAUUUCUCAUUUUAGCACACACACAAACACACAGGCCUUUCUCUACCUGCCUCCGUAAUGAUCGUUCUGUCCAUCUAGUCUACCAAGGACACAAACUCUCACCGCUAAACAGCGCCUGCGCUCUGCAGAGUGCCACAAUAUCCUGUGACAGCAGGAGUGUGCAUUGGUACUGUAUUGGGUAUGUGGCUUGACACAUCAUCCAGGUUUUGGACUAACCACUCUGUCUAAUAUCUUUGUAAAAUAUUGUAGAUAUGCUCAGCCGCAGUUGUGUGUUGUAUUUAGCCUGUGUGUAAGAGCAGUGUUAACUAACUAUGUGUAUUAUGACUAUAACUUGAACAGUGAACUCUCUCUUCAGUGUGUUCUUUGUGUGCGUUUGAGUGCGUCAGUGUAAACAUGAGUUUGGAAUCUAAUGGGAUCAUGUCUAAUGAGACACAAACCAAUGCUCCCAUAAUGACUGUGAGGGGAUGGGAAGAGGAUGGACAUUGGAGCGCUCCCCAGUGCCAAAUGACUUGGAAUAAAUGAGGGAUGCCGAACACUUCUAACACCUUCAUUCAUUUUGAAGUUUCUUAAUUCUCCUAAAUAAGUAAACAUUUAUCAUAUGGAGAGAGACAAAGACUUUUAAAAUUAAAUAAGUUGAAAUUUAACAUGAACUUGAAACAUAAGGAUUAGGUGCUGUGACUAACUUUUUUUAAGUGUUUUUGUUUUGUUUUUGUCAGACAGUAAUCCCUGACUGAAGAGUGAAGGUCACAGUGAGUUCAUAGGUUGGGGUUCACAACCUUUCUCAGAAGCACAAACACUCUUGAUUUCCAAGGUGUCCAUAGGGGACAGAAACACAGAACCCUUGUUUUUUGUGAAACCAGCCUGAUCUCACCACAGCUCAUGUGGUCUCGAACACACGAUCGGCGCAUCUGCCUAAAUCACCAGGUUGGACUGCGUCGACACUGGGACAUUCCUCCACAGGACCCUAUGAGUAGGUGGACAGACGAGACGUCCCUGUCAAGAAAAUGUCCAGCUUUUCUUUUUUCAAACACGAAAGUCCAGAUGCGUUGAACCUCUGACAGGACCCAUUGGACGCCUUGGCUGAUUAGCAUAGCUCACGUGCACACUGAUCAGUUGUUUUUCCUUUUCAAUGGCUCAGUGUGGAAUCGGCCUUACGGGACAAACACAGAGUUGCUGCGUGGACGACUGUAAACGUCUCCAAGAACCCUCUAGCGGUCCUUUUAAAGGACCCGCUAACUCGGUGCUCUAACUCUGAGGCCCACUACUGCCAGUAUUUAUUUGUCUCUACUAUGUGCUGUUUAUGAUGAUGAUAAUUAUAUUAAUAGUUUGUCUAGUGUUUGAGGGCUCCUCCAGUGCCAUAUUCAUGGAGAGUCGGGCCAUUGAGGUUUUUUCUGCAUGACAACGCAUUUAGAUGACGCCACAUGACAUGGCAGCCCGUUCACCCACGUGGGUGGUAUUAGCCGAGAGCUCCGGCGUGGGUAGUAUUUGCCGACAGCUCCGGCGUGGGUAGUAUUAGCCGAGAGCUCCGGCGUGGGUAGUAUUAGCCGAGAGCUCCGGCGUGGGUAGUAUUAGCCGACAGCUCCGGCGUGGGUAGUAUUAGCCGACAGCUCCGGCGUGGGUAGUAUUAGCCGACAGCUCCGGCGUGGGUAGUAUUAGCCGACAGCUCCGGCGUGGGUAGUAUUAGCCGACAGCUCCGGCGUGGGUAGUAUUAGCCGACAGCUCCGGCGUGGGUAGUAUUAGCCGACAGCUCCGGCGUGGGUAGUAUUAGCUGUCUGCCACUCAAAGAACCUCUUUUAAAACAGUAGACGCGGUGAAGACCGUAAUGGAACACCACCCGAGGAAUGGAAAUGUCAUGGCAACGUGUGAGGGAAUGAUGCUGUGGGCUUGUGUCACUCGUUGACCCCCAGCAAAAUGAGACUACAUCAGCAAAAUAACAACUGUAAAUACACCUGCCGAUCGCUUUAUGCGAAUGGUGUGCCAUUGAUUAUUCACAUUUCAAACAAAAAAGGACUAUUUCUAAAUGCCAAGCAGCGGAAACAACUUAAUCUAUCAAACUUAUUAAGUAACAAUGAAUACAUCAUAAAGGAUUUCACAAAUAUUAACUUUGAUGGAUUCGAGUUUCGACUGUGUGCCAAUGACAGCGUCCUCCUUCAAGUCUGAUGUUUUCCCACACAGAGACCGUGGCCCCUCAGCGUUCUGUUCCAGUGCUUUACCACUACUUUUACAAGAUUCCAAAUUCAUGUAAUGAAUGGAUAAAUGGCUACUGUCUAAAUAUAUGGCCCAGUUCCAGUCUUGUGUUGGUGUUGCUCUCUCUACUCUCUCUCCCUCUUCUCUCUUCUCUGUCCGUACAGUUUGGUGGUGUGUGUGUGGUUGCCAAUAAGUUAAGGGCUGGGUCCUUAGUAUUUUAACCAAUCUAUAUUGAUGAAACACGCACAUACACUUUUCCAGCACACACACCUAGCUUAACCCCAAGUUAUAUCUGUCCGUUGUCCUGUUAACUGCCACUGCAGUGACGAUUCACCCCACUCCUUGUAAUGUGAAACUGGUUAGCAUUUGCAUCAUGGGAAACGUAGCGGAUCAACUAGAGAGACUUUCCGUUAAAAGGAGAACUUUUGUCAGAUUGAUUUGUGCCCUAUCAUUCCAACAUUCUUGAUAAAGUCACUCCGUCCUUGUUUCAGUAUUUAGGAAAUUACUUAAUCGAAGCCUGAAUAGAACAUUAUGUGUGCGUGUGUAACUUACUGUGAACAGAAGACCACUCAUCUUUUCAGCAAGACAAUCAGACCUGACCUGAUUCCACACAAUUUUUCUGUACAUCACAUCACCAAAACAGCACUAUCUGUCCUACAGCAUUUGUUUGAUGGUAGAGCACAAAAAGGAGGUGAAAACAACAGGCAGUUUGAAACCAAGAACCAAUGGCCUUUUCUUAGUUUUUACAGUAACAACCUCAUAUCACAUUCUGAUUUUUGUCUUUUCAAAAAUAAAUCUUAAAAAAAAUGAUAGGUAGCUCUUUUUAUAGAGUAAUACUAAUAAUAACAAUGGCUAAAGCACCAUUCAUUUUAAAUUUUUUCUUUAUAUUAACAGUGAUUUACUGUAUCUUGCAUUGCAAUGUUUUUUGAUAAAACUGUACUGUAGACUUGAUCUCGUUAUUUCUUUCUUGUUGUUUUUCUGUUCCUGGUGGCAACAGCAGUUUACUAGGAUGAUAAAUACUGUACAAUGUCUGUUCUAAACUGUGGUGAUGACAUCAUUGAGCCUGGAAUCCAUGUUUUAAAAACAUAAUUAAAUGACUCAUAACAAAU